UCCAAAAGAUUUUCGGUUGUUACUUUCUGUCGGAAAAAUGACUUCCUUUCUCACUUUUCCGGCCAUUUCAUCUCUCCAAUCUGCUUCAUUUCGUCCUCCCUCUAUAUCUCCCCGGUCAUCCUCUUUCUCCCUCUCUCUAAAAACUAUCAUUGGACAAUGUGUGGCUUGAAAGUUACGAUCUUUGCAGUGUUAUGUAAUCAAAUUCACAAAACUAGCUAGAGUCUCUGAAUCUCUCAAGUUAAAAAGAAUGAGAAAUUGAUCAAAUUUCCUUGUGUUAAGUGCAGUAAUGCUGAAGCUCCGAUUGACAUUGUGGCAGAUAUCAAAUCCGAAAGGUUUAGGUUGUAGUUCUUGGAGGCAAUGGUUUCGUUGGCUCAUCUAUCUGCAAAGCAGCAAUCUCCUACGGAAUCGAGGUGAUGUUUUCUAUUUGAAUUGGGAUGAAGUACUUCUCGGUGCUACUGCUGUAGUUUCAACCAUUGGUGGGUUUGGUAAUGAACAACAGAUGAAAAGAAUCAACGGUGAAGCUAACGUUAUCUCUGUGAAUGCUGCUAAGGAUUUCGGGGUUACUAAGUUUGUCUUGAUCACUGUUCACGACUACAAUCUUCCACCAUUUGUUCUAUCCUGCGGAGUUGUCCUGAGACCUGGUCUCAUAUACGGAAACGAAAAGUUAAUGGAUUCGAGGUCCCGCUUGAUCUGGUAGGGGAGCCACUAGACAAGAUCUACAGUGCCGCAGAGAGUUUCAUUAGACCAUUGAGGUCUCUCCCUGCCUCUGAUCUCCUCUUAGCUCCACCGGUUAACGUCGAUGAUCUGGCACUUGCUGUGAUUAACGCCGUUAAAGAUGAUGAUUUCUUUGGCAUUUUCACUAUUGAACAGAUCAAAGAAGCAGCUGCAAAAUGAGAGCCUUUCGAUACUGAAUAGCUUCUUCUGUUCCUCUCUCCCUUUGUAUUGUAUCAUUUUGAUGAACUAGGUGACGACAGGGUAAAUGAU